AUGGGGAUCAAUCUCCAGAAUCAGAACGGAUCGCGCGUGCAACUCCCCAGGUCUAUCGAGGACUGGAUUGGCGGGUUUUCUUCCGUUGAGUACAGGGGAUCGAGAUGGCCAAGCCAAGCCAAGGGACCUCUGAUGGGCUUUGACUCGGCCUUUGCUGUCUUCAUUCAUGACAUCCCAUGGCUAAGGGUCAUGUACCCCCAUACCACCAGGACAUAUCACCGUAGUAGGUUCUACAUAGGCAAUCCCCAGGAUGGAAGGGUAGAUGUAACGCCCAAGAGCCCAAAAAUAGAACCGCAGCACGUCCCUACUUUAGUGCGGCCCGAAAGCUGCAAAGCGGAUGUCAUUGGGGGGUGGAGGUUCGACGGGCGGUCUGGUCUGGUGGGGUUGGGGGUUGGGGGAACAGCACAGCACAUAAAAGGAGAUGCCGGGGACCAGUGUCGUACAAAACAUCCCAACGGCCUGAGUGCUAGCUCUGACGUCUCGACAAGCAUCGACAGAGACACAUCGGCAUCCACGUCGGGAUCUCCGACAUGCAAGACGCAGGACGAUCUACUCGUUUCCCAGGACCUUGGAACCCGAAACUGCCAUGAUAUGUCAUAUUUUGUACUUCCUGACGCCUGGACACCAACCCGAACUGGGAAUAGCUUCAAGUUCCUUCCAUUAAGACCACAAAAGCGGAAAACAGAGGUCGUCUGCGGCCGUGAUUCCACUUUGUUGAAUUGCUUGCUGGAUACUGGUCCCCCGUCCAUCCUUCGUCUGUUUGUGCAACCUCUCUUCACCCGGGUCCAGCGUCCCUCCCCCUACGUCCUCCACCCUCAGAACAUGCGGCGUCGAUUGCAUUAA